AUGAGGAGCUCAAUCUUGAUCCUUGUGGUCCUUGUCUUGCUCUCCUACGUUCCACCAGUGAAAAGUGGACCGAAUAUUUACAUCAACAGGAUCUUCUCUUCAUGCUGGCGAUUGAGAGGGACUUGCAAGUUGAAAUGUACAGGAAGUGAAUUAUAUCAUAUUAUUUGUAAUACUCAGUAUCUGUGCUGCAUCUCCAAAUCCAGUUUACCUAUCCUUGUUGGGAGGUAG